AUGUCACAAUAUAAAGAACAAGCUAAAGAAAAGAUUAACGAAGUUAAAGAAGAUGUCAAAUCUUCGACGCCAUCUGUCGAUCCACCGCCAAAUUCUUCUAAUGCUGAAAAAGCCGGAGGUUCUAUAACAACUGUGAGCUCACACUUUGACCCUUAUCCGCACUACUUCAUGUCUUUUGCAACUCUUCUUGGUGGUGGUUAUGCAUUUCAAUGUUUAAGACAGCCUAGAACUGCUGCUAUUGCUGCGGCACUUGGUGUUGCUUAUGGUGCAGCAGGAUAUUUAAUUCAUAAAAAUGAUUAUAAUGCGGGGUAUAACGUAGCUACUUUGGCUUCAGUUGGCCUUAUUGCUACUUCUGGUCCAGCAGCUUGGGCUGCUAAAGAUGCAUAUCAUGUUGCUUUGGGUUCUUUGGGGGCUAUUAGUUUGGCAACCAACACAUUGAAAAUUUAUCAAUUGAGAACCGGGUUGCCUCGUGAUCUAGAAGUUAGACGUCAAAAAUAA